AUGUCAAAGCUCUUCAAGGAGGUGUUCUGCGCCAUAGGGUGUGCUCCGAGUCAGUGUACUCUGAACGUCUACCGGGCGGUCAUGUGUUUUGAAAACCUGAGCCGUUUCUUCAUGCUGGAGCUGACGGUGCCGGAGUUCUUCUAUUUUUUCGAAGUGAGGCACUUCAAGGAGUAUGCCCAUGUUCGCAUCUACAAGGUCAAGCUGUUUGACAGUCUUAGUCAAGGAGAUCACGCUUGGCAUGACGAUGUGUUGGAAGUCAGCGGACGGUGGAAGGGCGACGUUGGUGACGGCCCACUUGUUCCCAUCACCUAUUGCGAUGUGAACGAUAUUAGCAAGCAAUUGACGCUUGGGCUUGACGUGGCUAAGGUCCGCCGUGCUUUGAACAUCCCCCGAAAGUUUCGUGAGUGGCGCUGGCUGUUGAGUGAGUAUCGGGAGGAAGACGAUGGUCUGCCCCCUGUCGAGGAUGUCGAGAGAUGGAAGCAGAAUGCAAGGAAUGUGUCUCCAUUGAGGAAGAAGCCAAAGCUCCCUUCCACUGAGAAGACCCAAGUAGAAGUUGUUCCCGCAUCAUCUGCCAGGGUUAAGCAUCUUGUUGGUGCAGAUAACAAGAAGAUUGGCUGUCAUGAUUUGCUCCAUGAAGUGGUUCGUGAGCAGUCUAGCUCACCUGUUGAGAGGCAAAGAGAUGCAGAUCUUCCUCUCCGAAGCUCGGGUCACUUGCACCAGUCGAAGAGUAGAGGUCGAUGUGGGAGGUAUGCUCACUUAAUCAACCAUCAUGAUCCAACUGUUGAGUCACGUGUAGUCAAGCGUGGAGUUGAUUCGUCACCGCAAAUUCCUUUGGAAGUGAGGUUGGCAGAGGCUAGGAAAGCAAGAGAGUCAUCUGCCCAGGCGAAAGGUUCUUCUGCAACGUCAGCGAUUGAUCCAAAGGUGGACAAGUCUAGCCCUGUAGGGGAUGCGAGCGUGUCUAAUAUGCUCAAGAUGCACUUUCUAUCAAGUCCAUCCUCUUAUGCUGAGCUGGUUGAUCAAAUCCGUCAGGCUGGCGAUCUUGAUACUUUUUCAAGUAUUUCCUUAGAAAAACAAAGGGAAGCAACACUUCAUCUGCUUCAAAAAGGAGUAGUUUUUGUUGCUGAGACCAUUCGGAACUCGUCUGCUGUUGCCCCAUCUUCUGCUCAGCUCAGUGAGUUGGAGAAGAAGAAUGCUGAGCUAGUUAGCAAACUUUCUGCUAAGCGGACCCGUUAUGAGAAGAAGACAUUUGAUUUACGGGCGAUGAUAUCUGAGCUUAAGAGUUCCCUUGCUGAGAAGGAUUCUAAGCUUAACUCUUCCGCUGCUAACUUGGCAAGUCGAAAAGAGGCUUACUUCCACCUUGAGCGCAAGAAUGCUGACAUCUCUCACAGUUAUGACAAGCUUUUAGCUAGAUUUCACGCCUAUCAUGAGUCUGCUGAGGAAUCCAAAUCCGAAGUUUCCAUGGACACGUACAAGUUAUGCUACUUGGACUGCACAAAUGGACAUGAUCCCUUCUAUGCCAUUGGAGAUAAAGACAUCAAGGUGGUUGAAGAAGCGGUAGCCGAAGAGGAUGGAGCAGAAGAGGAUGCAGCUGAUGAUGUGGUGGCAGACAUCAUAGAUAAGGUGUGCGGAGCUGUUGAGAGCGUGGCUGAUCAGGUGGAUGCUGAAGAGGCUACAAAUCAGGGAUCUCCUGUUAGCGUUUUGGAGUAG